AUGGUAGCCCCCCGGAAUACUGCGUAUGCGGAGGAGAGCGCAGAGGUCGAGGUGCUCUACGCCAACCUCGAGAAGCUCAACCGCCUCACCAAAAAGAUUCAAGGGUCUAUGGUCCGCCUGGAGACAAGUGGUAAAGUGGUCAAGGAGGCCAUUGGCCCAAUCUAUAGUAACACACAAUCUCUUCAAAUUACCAACACCAAUAUCGACAAGGUCAACGAUGCCAUUGACCGUCUCCGCCAGCCUCUCGACGCGAAGAGUCGAGAGGAGGGCGUCAUUCGCGCAGGACCGCAGAGUUCCGGCCUUUCACAAUACCUGUCGGCGAUGAAACGUGUUGAAAAGGCGCUGGUCGACCUCAACACAACGAACCUUCGGUCGAACCAGAAAGCAAUCGCAGAGUUCAAUUCACUACUUAGUACUGGCAGCAGCCAAUUACAAGAAAUGCUCCGAUCUGAACUGCAGCAACAUGUCACCCCAAUUGAACCGCUACACUAUCUCACCAAAGAACUCCCUUUCCCAUCCAUUCCCGAAGAAACACUCUCACAGCUGGCCCCACUAUGUGCUGCGAUUACCUCCGCAUCCGCCUUGGGCCCCCAGCGCAGCAAAGGGGAGAACCCUGCAAUGAAGAUUUAUGCCGAGGUGCGCGGGCCGUAUAUUACUUUUGGCCUACAGAAUUUAUCCAUUGCAUCUCUCAAUACUGUCAAGCGAAGACCGACCGAUGGUCCAUACAAACAAGGAACCAACGGUAUUGGGAUCUACUCAAACGCAUUGGAAGCAUUCAUCAAUAUUGAGCAUGAAAUCAUUGUCCAAUUGUUCCCUGGUGAUCAGCAAGGGCUUGUUUUGCAAGCCACCUUCCUCUCGGCAAUGGGAGAAUACUCCAAGACCCUCCGCGAACUCAACCUAUAUAUCCGGCAAAACCUCAUGACUGACUGUUUCCUUGCAUUCGAAAUCAUCGAGAUUGUGACAGCAAUGUCCUAUCGUAUCGAUUCAAAGACUGCAGAGUUGAAGGGUCUGUUAAUAGAGGCGCUUCGGCCUGUGCGUGAAACCGCCAAAUCCUCCCUAUCUGAGCUGCUCGAGGAGACAAAACGCAAGGCAGCCACCGUGGCCUUGCCUCCAGAUGGUGGAUCUGUUCCCCUGGUUGAGGAAGUCAUGAACUCCCUUGCCACGUUGACUGGUUACUCGGGGCCCUUGGCAUCCAUUUUAACCUCUUUGGGUGAUGGCAACUGGCGCUCUAAGUCAAGUACCGCUGGAACAGCUCCCCUGGAUGUCGGGCCGGACAGCGGCACCCUUUUCUCCCACUUCAUUUUGGAUAUGAUUGAAUCUUUAAUGACCGCGUUGGAGGCUCGUGGUCGGACCUUCCAUCGUUCAAAAGCUGCUUUGGGCGUGUUCUUGUCCAAUGUCUUCUGUAUUGUCGAUCGGUCGAUCCGACAAAGCCCUGAAUUAGCGCGCUACUUGGGCGCUCCGGACAGCAUUGCCCGUAUCGACACAUUCCGCAAGCGUGCUACAUCAACCUACCUUGACGCAUGGAAGGAGACAUCACAAUUCCUGCUGGAUGUGCAGUACACCUCCCGCUCCGGGGCACGACCCAAUUCGGGGGGCGCUGUGGAUUCCAGCACCAUUGUGAAGAGCUUGUCGUCGAAAGACAAAGAUGCGAUCAAGGACAAGUUCAAGUCGUUCAAUGCUAGCUUCGAUGAAAUGCUUUCCCGACACAAGCCCCUUCACAUGGAAAGAGAAGUGCGCUCGGUGCUGGGACGAGAAUUGCAGGCGGUUCUUGAGCCGCUAUAUGCCCGUUUCUAUGACCGUUAUGUGGAGAUUGACAAGGGCCGCGGGAAGUACAUCAAGUACGACAAGUCGAAUCUGUCGGUGCAAUUGGCCCAACUUUCAUCAUAA